AUGAUGUCUCCGGGAUUUAUGGCGCCGCCCGAGAAGAAACCAGAGAAACAUGGUUUUUUUAUGGAAUUAUAUGAGGACCCGUUCAAAUGGCCGGUCGUACGCCGACUAAAACCACCAGUUCUGUCUAAGUCGACCUGGAAACUUCUUCUACGGGGUGAUGACCAGUCCGUGCCCGUAAUUCUCUGGGAUGGUUCGAUCGUCAGAACACAUAAACCUCAGACAAGUCCACACACCACGGACUCGGAACCCAAGGACUAUACCGUCUCUUCGACCUUUCUUAAAGGUACUCAAAGCGCCAAUCCUCACAAUGAUUACUGCCAACACUUUGUGGAUACUGGCGAGCGACCACAGAACUUCAUAAGGGACACUGGUCUGAAGAAUAGGUUUGAAGAGUAUCCCAAGCUGCGGGAACUUAUUCACCUGAAAGACGAGCUCAUACAGGCGCGUGCAACACCACCCAUGUACCUUCGGGCUGACCUCCUCAACUUCGAUCUUCGUGAGCUGGACUCCGUCUUCGAUGUCAUUUUGAUAGAGCCUCCGCUGGAGGAGUACAAUAAGUCGGCUGGCAUGCUUGGAGUCCGCUCCUGGUCCUGGUUGGAAGUUAGUUUUGCCCUCACUCGCCAAAUCCUACUGCCGUUUUGCCCAACUUACUUCGCAUGUUGUUGCUCCUUUUCAUUUGUGUCUUGCUAUUUGUCCUUCACCUCCCCCUAUUUCUUUUCUUAUCAUUCCUAUUUUAUUACUAACAUUUACACCACCCUCUUCUUCUUCUUCGUAUUCUUCUUGCUUCAUUUCUUUUUCUUUCCUUCCUUAUUAUUUUUUCUCAUUUAUUCUUUCUCCCUAAUAAUACUUCUUUUUCCUUUUUCUUUUCGCUCUUCUUCCUCUUCUUUGCAUUCACAUGUUGCCUCUGAUUCCUAA